AUGCCCGUACCGUCUCUCCCGAUCGAGCUCGUCGACCUCAUCAUCUCGCAUGUCGCGCGAGGCCUAUCGCAGAGCGAACGACACACGGAGUGCGGCCGACUCGCGCUCGUAUGCAAGGAUUGGACGGAGCGGGCUCGCAUGGUCGCCUGGCGCCAACUUCAUGUCCACGUCACGAGUGAUGCGAAACUUAUCGACCAUCUUUGCCGGCAUCCUCAUCUCGCUUGCUACAUUCACAAUAUCUCGCCUUCGGUGCCGUGGAUGUCUGACAUUGUAGGCUCACGGCGCGGCGAGUCUCUCCUCGACGUCUUGCGCCGGGCGAGACCGACGGAUGUGACCCUGCCGAUCAGUCGUUACACACGCCGUUUCUUCCUGGCUGCUGCACACGCGCUCAAUACGGAACGCCUGCGCGACCUCACAUGUUUCGGAGCAAUCGGCGACUCGGAGACCCUGGCUAAUUGGGCGGAAGGACUGCGCGACAUGCCCCUCUUGCGGAUCCUCUCGGUCCUGGUGACAGGCGAAGAGCAAGAUACACAACCCGUUCGCUCCCGAAACCUCGACAUGCGCAUUGCGGUCCGCGUCUUCGACUUCACUGUCUGCGGAGACGCUGACUCCGAGGCAAUGUCAACGCUCUUCCGCGCCUUGUGCGGUAUGUUGGCGGACGAGUUGGAGGCGUGCGCUCUGCGCUUGCCGGACCCAAGCGCUCUCCGACUCGAGCCGUUGAAGCGGUUCUCCAAUCUCACCGCCGUCUUCCUCACCGUCCAGUCGGACUCGGCAAGCGUCCUGUACAGGUUGUGCGACGAAGCCGCAAGUCUGCCUCACCUGGCCGGACUGGACGUCAGCCAUGGGUUCUCCGUUGGCGAGGUGUACAAGGAGACAGAUAUUCUCUCGAACGUCGUCGACGUUGCCGAGGUUGUCUGCAGGUUGCCGCGGACCUUGCCUGACGGCGAAACGCUAGUCACUUACGUCCUCAAGACUUCCGAGGGAAUCGGUGAAUGGUCACUGGCAUUCGCGAGCUCCAGCGUCCCUGCGACCUGUGUUAUUACGGCCGCGCCAGCUCGAUGA